GAGCGAGUGGUGCCCUCCAGCCACCCACCGACCUCAGCAGCAACCUCAACUUCAGCCUCUGCUUCAAGUCGCCUCCAUCCUCACCGCCGCGUCUUCGUCUAGCUUCUCAUCUUUUUCAAGUCGUUGGUGUUGUUAGUGAGAAAUUGUGAGCGAGUGAGUGGGUGAGAGAAAGAGAGAGGGCGACAAAGAUUUUUCUGUGAGGAAGAUUUCGUGGCAAGCAAUAAAAGUGACAGUUUUGCUCAUCCAAGAAAUAUUGAAAUACCAUGCCAUUGAGUAUAGGUCAGAGGAAAUGUUAAUUAUGUGAUACAACCUGAUGGUUCCAAAAGAGCGUGGAAUGCAUUUUUCAACGUGUUGGUGUGGUGUUUAAGAGGAGUUUCCUCUUUACAUGAAUAGUCCUUCGAGGGGCAAAACAGAGUUAAAACAGCUUUCAAGAAUACUUGUAAGAGCUCCAAGUGGUCCCAACUGAAGAGGUGGCCUCUUUGUGAAAUAUGACAAAAAGAUUGAAGUACACUUUUUUGUCACAAAACGUGCUGAUGCGAUGCUCGCUCCAGUGUUAGAGUUCUAAGUUGGCGGGCAGAAAUCCACUUCUGAUUGCAUCCAAGGAAGUAAACAAUGGGCGUAAUGAAAGCACCCUCUUAAAAGGAACUUUUUGAAGCCCGGCAUUGCCAGAACCGAAUGAUAUUAAGUCAAGUUUCUCCAAAAAGUUUCACCCAACGGAUCCACUUUUGGGUCUUGAAUCUGUCUUGUCACAUGUACGGAAGACAUCCAUUUACCUCCGCUUUCGUUCGUGACAGCAAGCGUCAUGGUGCUCUCGAUGAAUUUCAGCCUUAAAUUGGAUCAGCCCAUCCUGUUGUCCGACUUUUGAAAAAUGGAAAAUUCUGCUUCCUGUUCUACCUAGUCGGCUAUUGCUCCUACCAUGAAAUACUCCGUUGUUGGCCUUGCGGAUGCUUCAGCUGCCACUUCAACACAACAGCAGCAACAACAACAACAACGGCAACAGCGGGAUCGUCUUCAGAUGUGAGGCCAGAGGGGAAAAAAUCGAGAGAUCUCACAACUGGCAUCACUGAGAUGAACAGGAUGGAGAUGAAGCAAGCGAACAAGAUAGGAAACUUUUUCCUCUUGUUGGCAGUACUUCUGUUCUUCGACGACAACUUCUUCGUAUUCGUCAGCAAUGUCAUCCCGGGUGUUCACGGUUUGAGUCGCAAUGCGAGGAUCCCUGACACUCAACAUAUCCGACGCGAGACAGUGACAGAGCGCAAGAUUUUUGAAUUCCGCUCUUAUCGCGAUGGCCAACUCUUUCACUUUGAAGUGCCUAUGGACACAAGAGAGGCCGUGUGGACCUUCAAGACCAACUACAGUAUGGGAUGUCGCCCGGGUAUGGUCACCAUACAUCUUCAAUCGGGUGGCUAUCCAGUGGUCAAUGCCGACCAAGGUCGAUACCCAACGGCAAUGAAGCCCCUGUCCAUUCCGUAUAACAUCACCUUCAAUCCUGAGAACGGGAUCCAUACGCUGCAUGUGCCAAGUCCCCUGCCUGGAAAUUGGUUCAUGUUGGCCUAUGUCAAGAAAAUCGAAAGAAACUACUACGGAUACCCACAAGACAGCUUGUCCUCAACCUCGUCCUCUUCUUCUUCUUCCUCGUCGUCGUCGUCGUCGUCGUCGUCCCCUAGUUCGUCGUCGUCCUCUAGUCCGUCGUCGUCCUCUAGCUCGUCGUCGUCCUCUUCCUCUCCCUUGCAAUGUUCCACUUGGCUGCGGACGGACGUGGACUAUCAGCUGGAACCCAAUAUCAUCCACCUAUUUCCCGAGAAGCACAACCACCAGAAACUUUUCCUCUAUGACUCUGUGGAGAAGCCUCAAACUUACAAAUUCUUCACCGGCGAUAACGUUUGGAUGGCCUCAGUCAUAUUGACCAAGUGUAGCAUCAAAGCCGAUGGACGGGGUGGAGGAUCCACGGGAGAUGGAAGAGGUCGAAUCACACCAGAUGCUUGCCCAUUGCGAAUGAGUGUGGCUCCUCGACGACCACCGGACACCUUGGACUCCAGAACUAGACACAGAGAUUGCCUCAAAGACUCGGACAGCUCAGGCUGUGCCCUCAAACUUUACGUGGAGGAGAACUCCUGGCACUACAUCACGGUCACGCCCACGAGGGCGGACUUGAAGAUCGAUUUUGCAAUCAAUGUCGUCAUCACUGACUGCCCUCAUCCAACGCAGACCAUUGACUACCUGCUGGUGAACAAAGUCAAUCCCCACGAAAUUUGCAGCGACAUCACCAAGAACAGCCGUUCCUCUCUUCAGCUGCUCUUCCCACCUUAUUCACCCAAAUAUGACCUCAAUGAUGUCUAUUACAAAAAAUGUGGACAAAGGAUCCGCCUGGUGCGGAAGACCAUGCCCGGGGUGUUCAUGUUCGAAUAUCAUCUUCCAAUUGUGGGCAACAACUCCAAUCCAUCCCUGACCUUAGAUCUGGAAAAUGACCUCCCGAGCAUCCUUCAGUUUCCCAUGGGGAUCAGCGAUAUUGGUGGGAGCCUCGUUGUGGAACUUGGAAUCAACAAUGGCCGAUUGUCGGGAAUUAGCUCCGAAAGUAUUCAACUCAAGGCCUGUCUCAGCCAUGGACGUCGCCUAGUUCCCACAAUGGCCUCCCAUUUCGAUCCUUAUUCUGAUCGAGCCCUUCAAAAGGGCAUGAUGGAGCCCGUUCAUACAGUGGGCGUGGUUCCUUCCACAUUUGAUAAAGAGGAGGCAUCGUUGUGCCCGGGAGGGCGGCUGAUCAGUCUGAAUGUGACAGCGGAUGAACAGGUCCCCAAUAUUCAGCGUAUAAUGGUCCCUUAUCCAGCUUCUGGAGAAUGGUUUCUUACCUUGCUUCCGUCAUGCUCCAAAAUCAACAUCAGAAAAGGCAAUGGCGAAACGACGUAUGAAUCGACAAGUUGCUCAAGAAAUAUCACCCCCAUCGUGUUUUCCAUUUAUUCGGAUAUGUGCGUCAUGGGCAGUUGUGGAAAAUACGGGCGAUGCUAUCAGUUCUUCUCGGGAGGGAAUAUGUUUUCCACGUGCUCGUGUUUUGCUGGCUACAAGGGUUGGGGCUGCACCGAUGAAAGCGAGGCCACUUCAGAGAUCGACCUCUUGGCCGCCACUCUUCUCCUUUGUCUGAGUAACCUCGUGUUCCUGCCCGCCGUUGGAUUGGCUAUUUAUCGAGGAUUCUACACGGAGUCGUUCCUCUACUUCGCCAACAUGGUGUUUUCAACCCUCUACCACGCUUGCGACCAAGAUGUCUUCUCAUUUUGCUUGAUGAAGUAUUCUGUGCUUCAGUUUUGCGAUUAUUACUCGGCCACAAUGUCCUAUUGGGUGACUGUACUGGCCAUGGCCGGGCUUCCUGACCAAGCCAAGUCACUUCUUCACAUGGUUGGAGCUGUGGGUAUCGCUCUAGCCAUUGAGUACGACAGGGCCGGAAUAUUCACAUUCCUUGUGCCAGGAAUCUUCGGAUUGAUCAUUAUGGUCGCUUCUUGGAUCUCGCAUUGCUCCAGUGAUCGGAGCUGCUACCCAGGAUUCAAGUACAUAUGUUGUUUCUUCCUCCCGGGACUGGCCGUCCUAAUCGGAGGAUUGUUUUGCUUUAUGAUCCUGGAACAUGAGGCCAACUAUCAAUUCGUUCACUCUGCGUGGCAAAUCUCCAUGGCUGUGGCCAUUCUCUUUUUACUUCCUCAGUCGCCCAAUGACGGCGAGGACAAAUACACUAUGCUGGACACGCGUCCUCCGCCCACGUUCGUGGAAUCAAGCUUCAAGCACUACUCAGACGACAACGGCCCUGAGGUGAUCAAUGUCACCUCCAGUGGGACAAUUCUACCCCCUGACCAAGUGAUUGACGUCUCCCGAGCUCCCAGCUUGGCCACGCUCAACAACGGGACCUUGGGCAGGAGUACCUUGCCGAGGAGUGGACACUCCACCCUGAAGAAGCCGGAUGAAUCGCGUCACGUUCACGGGCAGUAUCCGUAUGAACCCGGAUGAGAUACGCUCCGGCGUGUUCGGUUUGAAAAGACCAAUAACACGCCGGAGAGUAGUACUGCCACGCCCACCUCGCCUAGUGGCAGUGUCAACCCCCAUUUAGCUCAUAGUACUUGCUCCGCAAAUGGGGCCAUCUCGCAGGCCUCUCCUCACCGAACAAAUGCUCCAAGUCAGUAGGAUCACCCGUCAUCCAUCAGCCUUUGCAUUAUCAUCUCCACCGGUGAACCACAACAGUUUUGAAUGUGAUUGUUACAUUUUUAGUAACUCAGAUUUUCUACCAGGAACAAAAGAAGAGCGUUCUUUUUCCAAUGGUUGUUAUUCAUUGUCUGGCUCUAAAAAUACAAAUUCAGUACUCCUGA